CCCUAGCCGGAGCAGCGAAGCGCGCGGAGGUGGCAGCCGCUCCGGUAGUGGCUGCAGGAGGAAGGCGAUCCUGGCUUCCCCGGGGGCCAGGCUGGGGCAGCCGCGAGGGACCUGGGGGGGCGCUGGCUUUGGCCCCGCCUGGGGCAGGAUGGUGAAUUUGGAGCCCAUGCACACAGAGAUCAAGAUGAGUGGGGAUGUGGCGGAUUCCACGGAUGCCCGGAACACUUUCAGCCAGGUGGAGCCAGGAAAUGAUCGAAAUGGCCUAGAUUUCAACAGACAGAUUAAGACUGAAGACCUGGGUGAGUCUCUGCAGCAGACCCUUUCCCACAGGCCAUGCCACCUGAGCCAAGGGCCUGCCAUGAUGCCUGGAAACCAAAUGUCUGGGGACAUGGCCUCUCUCCAUCCACUCCAGCAGCUUGUGCUGGUCCCUGGUCACUUACAGUCUGUAUCCCAGUUUCUGCUUUCCCAGACCCCACCUGGGCAGCCAGGUCUGCAGCCGAAUCUUCUCUCCUUUCCACAGCAAUCAAACCCUCUACUUCUCCCACAGACAGGGCCUGGCCUCGCCUCCCAGGCAGUUGGGCGCCCUGGACUGCCGGGAUCCUCCUUAGAACCCCAUCUGGAAGCACCCCAGCAUCUGCCAGGGCCCAAGCAUCUGCCUGGCCCUGGAGGGUCUGAUGAGCCUAGUGACCUGGAGGAGCUGGAGAAGUUCGCCAAGACCUUCAAGCAGAGGCGCAUCAAGCUGGGCUUCACACAGGGAGAUGUGGGACUGGCAAUGGGAAAGCUGUAUGGGAAUGACUUCAGCCAGACUACCAUUUCGAGAUUUGAGGCCCUCAAUCUGAGCUUCAAGAACAUGUGUAAACUCAAGCCACUGCUGGAGAAGUGGCUGAACGAUGCAGAGUCCUCCCCCUCAGACCCUUCGGCAAGCACACCCAGCUCCUAUCCCACUCUCAGCGAAGUGUUUGGCAGGAAGAGGAAGAAACGGACCAGCAUCGAGACCAACAUCCGCCUGACCCUGGAGAAGCGAUUCCAAGAUAACCCUAAACCCAGCUCAGAAGAGAUUUCCAUGAUUGCAGAGCAGUUGUCCAUGGAGAAGGAGGUGGUAAGGGUCUGGUUCUGCAAUCGGCGACAAAAGGAGAAGCGAAUCAACUGCCCUGUGGCCACCCCCAUCAAGCCGCCCAUCUACAACUCCCGGCUGGUCUCUCCCUCAGGGUCUCUGGGCCCCCUCUCCGUCCCUCCAGUCCACAGCACCAUGCCUGGAACAGUAACGUCAUCCUGUUCCCCUGGGAACAACAGCAGGCCUUCGUCUCCUGGCUCAGGACUCCAUGCCAGCAGCCCCACAGCAUCUCAAAAUAACUCCAAAGUGGCAAUGAACUCCUCCUCUGGCUUUAACUCCUCAGGGUCAUGGUACCGCUGGAACCAUCCCACCUACCUCCACUGAGACCAAAACCGUCGUCCCACUCCGACUGGCCCCUUGUUCCCACCAGGAGGAAGGAAGCCAUGCCUUCUGCGUGUGAACAGACUGCUUUGAGAACAGCGGGGUGAAGAGCAGCUCUGAAGAGAACACCCACACUCUUGCCUUCUCUGGGAUCCAGAGCCUCCAGAGAACCAAACUGUGACUGAAGGCCACACUCCUGCCUUGGGCUUUCCAUCACCCUCCUGGGAAGUUACCGUUCUCGCAUGCCUUGCCUGUGGCUUCAUCUGGUGGAGAAAGUGCAUUCUGCCACUGUUCUGCUUCAGCUCCCCUGGGGGAUUCUGGGGACAGCGAUUUGCUCGUUGCACCAAACUGCAAGAAGACUGGAUCAUGAUUUUGACUCUGACCUCAGCCACAAUCCUGAACUGAUCCCAAAUUCUGUGGAAAGACUGAAAUCUCAUGUCUCUACCAAAGGCUUAUUUUGUUUAAUUAGUACAGUUUUCCCACAGAAUCUCCAUUUUGCCCCCAUUUUAUUUUAACCCUCACUCUCAUCCGCCUGCCCCCCUUCUUUUUGUUUGUUU